CUUGUCUGCGCCAAGCCCGAUACUUUCAGUCCCCAUUUUUUAUUUUUAUUUUUAUUUUACUAUGGUUUUUUGUAUUUUUUCUUUCUAAAAUUUUGCCAAUAUUUCCUUGUUAUAUUUGAGUUGAGAUAGGGUUAGAAAGGUGUGGAUCCAUCAAAGAAAGAUCAAAUCUCAAAAAAUUAGGGUUUCCCACCUUUUACCAUACGCGCCAGUUCCCCAAUCUAUUAUACAUACAAUAAUAUAUUUCAUCUAUGUCUAUAUCUGAUUCUGAUUUUUAGAUCUUUUUCUUUUUUAUUAUUCUAUGAUCCAAAGACACUUGUGCGUAAUAUAUAUAUUUUUUUAAAUCGGUCAAUUGUCAGUUUCUUACAUUUGGGGACUUUUUGAUAUUGGGCGCUAGGUUGGGUUUCUCCUUGAAAGUAGAUAUUUAUAUAUAAUCUUGGAUUAAUCUAAGGUUUUUUAUUUUGAUUUGAUCAUUAAUUAAUUAGAAUUGUGGGAGUAAUGGAUAAGAAGAAGGUUGUGGCCCCACUUGUUUGCCACGGGCAUUCGCGUCCCGUCGUUGAUCUGUCAUACAGUCCAAUCACUCCUGAUGGAUUCUUCCUCAUCAGUGCCAGCAAGGAUUCUACACCAAUGCUGAGAAACGGAGAGACUGGAGAUUGGAUUGGAACAUUUGAAGGGCAUAAAGGAGCCGUGUGGAGUUGUUGUCUGGAUAAACAUGCUCUACGUGCUGCAUCUGCAUCUGCCGAUUUCAGCGCAAAAUUGUGGGAUGCAUUGACUGGGGAUGUAUUACAUUCAUUUGACCACAAGCACAUAGUUCGAGCAUGUGCCUUUUCAGAGGAUACACAUCUGCUACUCACUGGUGGUUUCGAAAAAAUUCUUCGGAUAUUUGAUUUAAACCGACCAGAUGCACCUCCAAGGGAAAUUGACAGCUCUCCUGGUUCAGUUAGGACAGUUGCUUGGCUGCACAGUGAUCAAACUAUAUUGAGUUCCUCUGGAGAUGCUGGUGGAUUGAGGUUAUGGGACGUGAGGAGCGGCAAAGUUGUUCAAAUUCUUGAAACUAAGUUUCCAGUAACCAGUGCUGAAGUAAGUCAGGAUGGUCGUUACAUAACAACUGCUGAUGGUUCCUCUGUCAAGUUUUGGGAUGCCAACCACUUUGGAUUGGUGAAGAGCCACGACUUGCCUUGCAAAGUUGAAUCUGCUUCCCUGGAACCAAAGUUCGGUAAUAGGUUCAUUGCUGGAGGAGAAGAUAUGUGGGUUCAUGUCUUUGAUUUCCACACUGGAGAGGAAAUUGGAUGCAACAAGGGACACCAUGGUCCUGUGCACUGUUUGCGGUUCUCUCCAGGAGGUGAAUCCUAUGCCUCAGGAUCUGAAGAUGGGACUAUUAGAAUAUGGCAGCUGGGCCCUCUUGGUCAGAAUGAGGACAUUUCCACAGCAAACGGGUCUAAGGAUGGUCUGGGCGAGGUGACCCAAAAGAUUGACGAGUUGGCUGUUUUGGAAGCAAAGAAGACUGAAGAGACGCAGGUCGAUGGUGUGGAGGAGAAGGUAGCUGAUGCCUGAUUAGGAAUUUAAGGGUUUUGUAUGGUUUCACCUCUUAGAGAGCUGUAACUGGCUUGACUUUUGAGUUUUUUGCUUAUGAAAUAAAACUUAAGCUUUUGAGAGUGCUGGGUACUUGUUUGCUUGGCCGCAAUCCUAAUCAUAUUUAAUGAAUUUGCUUCUAGAAACCAGUAGGAGAUCCGAGUCAGAGUUGCCGCAGACCUAGAGCCUUUAUAGUAUGAAAAAGUAACUCUGUAGUAAGGCUUAAAUCCAUGGAAAUGCGAAGUUUUGAAAUUUCAA